GGUUCGUCUUGCCUGGACUGACUGAGAUUGUUUUAAUUUCGACAGGGGCUUUUUUUUUGAGUAAACACCGGUGAAUCUGUGAUAUAAAUUGCACCGUGCGAAAAGAAUAAAUCGAAGUACCUGAUAAAGACAAAACAAAAAGAAUUAGUAUUUACUUGAUAAGACAAGCCGCGUCCAUUGUCGCGCGGCCGUUCCUGCAUGACCGACCGGUGAGAAUAUAGCAACUGAUCGGAAGGCUCAGUUCCUGAUGAACCGCCAGUGACUUUGGACCACUUGGAAAUUUUUAUUCAGCUAUCAGCAGUAAAUAGGAUACAAAAUGAUUCGGACAAACCUCAUAGCUGCGAUCGGAUUGCUGGCAGUAUCCUUCUCAGUAACGCGUGCCACCGAUGAGCUUCCCCAGGAAAUCAAAGAUCUCGACAUCGACAAGCUGAAGGAACACCUGCCGGAGGGUCUGAUACCGCCGGAAUUUCAAAACAUCACCCUGCCCAGCCUGGAGGACAUUCAGAAAAUUGUCAAAGAAAAAUGUUCGAAAGCAGCCGGCAGCGAUGCGGCCUUCGAGCAGGCGGAACAAGCCGGCCAGCGGCUCAGCGAGUGCCUGAAGGAUCUGAUCGAUUUCAGCGACCUGCAGCAGGAGAUAAAGCUAGCGAAACCGACCGGUGAUUUGGAUACGGUUUUCAAUAAAUACUGUCGAAGGCGAUCGACAGCAAUCGAAUGUAUCAACACGUUCUCGAAUGAUAUCGACGUUUGCUUGGAAGACGACGAGCGAGAAAACAAAAGAGUUUUGGUCAACAUUGUCCAUGGUUUGUUAAACUUUGUGUGUCACAAGGAUGGAGAUCAAAUUGCCUUAUUCAUCGCCGAAGAAGGACCGGAAUGUUUCCAGGAGCAGAAGCAGCCUCUGAUUGACUGUUUCAAUAGCACCCUCCGAGGUUACAUGGAUGAACCUACACCAAAGUUUUCCGAAGGAAUUCCCAAGCUAGUGAUGGGUAAAAAACAAUGCGAUGACAUGGACAACCUGAGAGACUGCUUCGUCCGGGUGCUGGAGGACUGCAAAGAAUCUACGCCGGCAAAUUUAGUAGAGUCCCUGUUUAAGUUCGUGCGAAGAGAAACCCCAUGUGCCAAUUUUACAACACCCGCACAAGCGCAGCGGCGGAAUUCGGGUGAAUUCACCAGAUCGUCCGUGCACGUCGUUCUGAUCACGUUGCUAAUGGCACUGGUGGCAAAGUUGAUGAUCCACUGAUGAACACGCCGCAGUAGUAGUAUUCACUGCUGCAUACUACUCAGAGUUCCGUGAGUAAGUUACAUGUGAUAGAGAAAAAGUAAACAGCCAAACACUUCCGAAUCAACAGCUCACAAGCUAAGAUUUCCCGAAACUGAUUUCCUACGUUUCCCGCACGAAACUAAAUUUAUGAAACAUGAAUCAUCGACUGUACUGGCUGAAAUUUCCGGUAAUAAAUACUCGCUUUCAAA